AUGGAAAAUUUUCAUAGAUUCCUCAUUGUUAUCUUUAGCAUUUGCUACUUCAUUCUCUCCAACAAUGUUGUUGGUGCAACUUACACUGGCAUCACUAGGCACUACAAGUUUGAUAUCAAGAUGAAGAAUGUGACAAGACUAUGCCAUACCAAAAGUAUUGUUACUGUCAAUGGGAAAUUUCCGGGGCCUCGUGUUUUUGCUCGAGAGGGUGACCGGCUUGUUGUCGAAGUUGUCAACCAUGUUCAGAACAAUAUUAGCCUCCAUUGGCAUGGGAUCAGACAACUAAGAAGUGGAUGGGCAGACGGACCAGCAUAUGUAACACAAUGUCCCAUACAAACUGGACAGACUUAUGUAUACAACUUCACCAUUAUUGGGCAGAGAGGCACACUUUGGUGGCACGCUCACAUUACUUGGCUCCGAUCAACCCUUUAUGGACUUAUUGUUAUUCUCCCUAAGCGCGGUGUUUCCUACCCUUUUCCUCAACCUUAUAAGGAAGUUCCUCUAAUAUUUGGAGAGUGGUGGAAGGCGGAUCCUGAAGCAGUAAUUAGCCAAGCAUUGCAAACGGGUGGUGGUCCGAAUGUAUCUGAUGCCUACACCAUCAAUGGCCUUCCUGGACCAUUAUACAAUUGCUCUGCAAAAGGUAUUUGAAACAAGCUAUAAAAUAUUUUAUAGAGUAACACUCUUUCUCUUUGUUGUUAAAUACAUAAUGCAACUCUAAAUAAAAAGCUUUACUAAUCUCUUUGAUGUGUACAUGUGC